AUGGAAACUAAUGAGAAGAAAUUCGUAAUGAGAUAUGUCGUUGAAGAUUUUGAAGCAUUAGAAGAGGGUGAACCAUACAGUGUGACAGAAGAACACUACGGAAUUUCAUGGAAUAUGCAGUUUUUCAUUCUCGAUGACCGCGUAACCUUCUUUCUUAAAUGUCUGAAAGCCGAAGACCGCGAGUGGUCCAUCGAUACUGAAUUGACUUUCAAGUUACAAUCGGCGAAGGAUUCCCUCCAAUCGACUCAUUUCCGGUCUUAUAACAGGAAUGAUAAAUACUGGGGUUGGGUAAACUUUAUGGAUUUUAACAAACUGCUGGAACACGUUGAAACAGACGAGAAACCAGUCACAUUCGAAAUGAACGUGCGAAUUAUGAAAAUGGUCGGAUUCGAGAAGGAGAAGUUGAAACGAUUCGAUGAAUCAAUGAAAGAAUUAUCGGAUGUUGUGUUGGUUGUGAAGGAUAUUAAGUUUUAUACAUUGAGAAUGUUCCUCUCCAUCCAAUCCUUGUAUUUCAAAUCACUUUUUCUCGGAAAUUUUGAAGAAUCUCAGAAAUCGGAGGUGACACUCACUGGAAUCGAUCCAGAAGAUUUUCAGAAUUUCCUUGAACUUAUUCAUGGUGAACCUUCUGUUGAUGAUGCCACUGUCGAUGGAAUUCUUCACUUGGCGGACAUGUAUGACGCACCAACUGCUAUCAAAAGAUGCGAAGAGUUUCUUCUGAAGGACAGCAAAAAGACACUGAAAAAUAAACUGCAAAUUUCGACUCGAUACAAUUUGCAGAUUUUGAAGGAAAAAUGUCUCUCGGAGAUCAAAACUCUCGACGAUAUUCGCUCAGUGAUGCCAGAUGAUAUCGAGGAAAUGGAUCCUGCAGUCUCGAGAGCUCUUCUUCAGAAAUCAUUGGGCUUCCAAUAA